CGUGUGGCAUGCCGUAGGGUGCUUUCGAGUCUGUUCAAGAGCAUUCAAGAGGAUGAGGUCUUGAUCAAGAUUCCUAGAGCCUGCAUCAUUAGAUUCUCCUGAGAGCCAUAAAAUAUUGGAAGGUUUUGCUCUUGCUAAAAGUUUGCCUCAGCCAUGCUAUGUGCCGUGGCAGAUAUGGCUGCUUUUAUUCAAGGCUAGAUGCAGUAUUUCAGACACCUCAAUGCAACAUAACAAUGAAGCCACUCAUAAUUGUGUGAAGACUGCCACAUAAGAGGAUUAUCCACUGGCCACUACAAAAGCUGGCUCAACCAUGUCUGAUGACAAGAAAUCGCGUCUGAUGGCCGACCUAUUCGGCGAUAAGUCCGCAGAACCGGCGCCAGCCAAGCAGCGGACCAUGUUGGAUGACAUUCUCAGCGGCAAACCAUCCGGCCCCGCCCCUACCGAGGCUGCGGCCACGCCGCCGCGACAGCGCACUAUGCUCGACGAUAUCCUGUCGGGAAAACCAUCCACCGCUGGCGCAGAGCCGGCGCCCGGCCGCCAGCGAGGUAUGUUUGACGACCUGCUGUCUAGCAAGCCGUCGGCCGCACCGGCCGCUGACGCCACCCCCAGCCGUCCUCGCUCCAUGUUUGACGAUAUGCUCUCCAGUAAACCCGCUGGCGAGGAGGCUGCUGCAGGUGGGGACGUCUCUUUGGGUGGCUACGAGCCGUCGGCGUCACGCACGGGGCGCCGGGGCCGGCAGCGCGCCCCUCCGGCCGAUCCCCUGGACCUCUUCUCCCCCAAACCGCCGUCCUCCCCGGCAAGGACAGCGCCGGCCGCCGCAGCGCCCGCCUCUGCGCUGGCGGCCAGAGCCAGACCCGCCGAACAGCCCGUGGAGCCGGCGCCGGCAGCAGCACCGCCGGCCGCCGCCGCCGCCGCGGCCUCCUGGAUGGACAGUUUGGGGAUGACGCCGGCGCCGGCUGCCGCUCCCGAGCCGGCCCCGCCCCCGCCCCAGCCGGCCACCGCCCGCCGUGAGCUGUUUCCACCGGACAGUGGCGCGCUGGCAGCCCGAGAGAAGGAGCUCACCGAGGAGUGGACGGCCAAACUGGCCGAGGCUAAUAAACAGAUCGCUGAGAGGGACAGCGAGAUCGUCAAACUCAAGAGCGGCUGCACGGGCCACGAGAUGGAGAAGCAGCGCCUGGAGGAGCACAUUGCCCUGCUGAAGCGGAUGGCAGAGGACGAGCGCCGGCAGCUCGAGGAGUCGUAUCAACACCGCCUGGCGACAGCCGAGGAGUCGUAUCGGCGCCGCGAGAAACAGCUGACCGACGAAAACAACCGACUUCGAGACGAGUUCAGAGACAGAAUGAAGCGGUAUCAGGAGGAGACAUCGUGGGCGGCUUCGUCGCACCUCCGCCACCUGUCCACCAUAGAGGGUGUACAGAGUGCCGAGCUGGGCCGGCUCAGAGCCACCUACGAGGAGAGCCUGGCGGGCCUGCGCGGCGAGCAUGAGACAGUGGUGGCACGGCUCACCCAGCUGCGGGACACGGAGCGGGACGCGGCCAAAUCGGCCGGACAGGUCGGAGGAAUGCUGGAUGACGCCAUACAGCAGCUGCAGCGCACAUCUGACGUCACCGAGGACCUGCUGGCGCGCGUCAGUCACAAGUAUGACGUCACACUGCAGGCGCGAGAGACCCUCCUCAUAGAGAAAGAGAAACAGCUCAAAGACACAGAGACCAAGCUUGAGCGGCUGCAGAAGGACACGGCGUCAGAGAGGGAGCACCUUCAGGACCUCAUCACCAAGCUGCAGCACAACCUGGAUUCCUCCAGCGCCGAGGCCAAGGAGGCGACACUGCGCCUGCAGCAGCAGCAGGCCCGUGUGGAGGCCCGUGAGUCGGCACUGGACAAGGAGCGUGCCUCGCUGCUGGGCAGGGUCGAGCAGGAGCGGCACCAGAUCGAGCGUCUCCGGCAGGAACUCCUAGAAGAACAGAAACUCUGGCUGCAGGAGGUCAACGCCGAGCGACACGAGAUCGCCGCCGCACAUGCGCGAUUGGACGCGCGCCUGCGCAUUGCGGGACUGGAGCGUGCACCGGGACGGGGCCAGUUCGUACCAGACCACCAGCCGACGCUGGCCGAGCUGGACGGUAUGUACCGGGCUCUGGUGGAGGAACGGACCGCCGUUAGUACCGAGAGGGACCGGCUGGCCGCGCUGCAGGCGGAGGCCAAACAGGCGGUGCUGGCGGCCGACAGCCGCGAGCAGGCCAUGUCCCGAGAGCUGGAGCGGCUCCAGAGCCAGGCGCAGCUGCUGAAGCUCAAGAGCCAGGAGGUGGAGGACGUGUCGGAGCUGGCGGUGCGCAGCCGGGACGAGGGCCGGCGCGCGCUGGAGGAAGCCCACCAACUCCGGCAACAGCUGACCAAGAGCCAGCUGCUGCUGGAGCGGCAGCAGGCCAAGCUGAAGGCGCAGGAGAGACUGCUGGCGCAGGAGCGUCUGCAGCUGAGCCACCAGCGGCAGUCGGCCGCGGCGGGUGCUGCCGACCUGCUGGGCAGUCCGGCCCGACCCAGCGGACCCCCAGACGCCUGGGGAGGCGGCGAGAGGACGCUGGGAGACGGAGCCGCGGGCGGACCCGAGCUGAUCCCUGUCGACCCGGCGGUGCUGCUGUGGAAACUACGAGCCGACGAGGACCGGGAGUUUUUGGACAGGGAGGCGGCCUUCCUGAAACAGCUCACCUCGCCCAGCUGAGGGGCCGGGAGCGGUAACGACCGACGGGGGAGGGAAGGCCGGGGUACAACAGACCAAAGAUAACGACCAAACGAACGACAGGGGCGUAUUUAGUGUCCGGUGGGUAUGAGUGUUAUGUGCAAUCAUUUUGUUAAACAACGUUCUAUUGUAUUCGCCAGCAACAGGGAUGGGACACGGCCGACCCGUCAUUGCAUAGAGCAGGCUGGCAUGUCACAAAUAUGUCCGACCAAAGCAUGCAGAAACAGCGGACAAGUUACGGCGGCUGCACAGUUCAGCAAAGCUUCCCUGCUGGACGCAAGAUAAGGCAUUUCGUUAUAACGAGCGCUCAUGGCUCAUAUCAUCUGUGCCUCAUGUGCCCUUGAUCUCAUGCCUCAUGUGCCCAUCUCAUGUGCCCUUGAUCUGGUGAGGAUGACGCUCACUGCCAGAAUAAGCCGGUUAGCGAUCUCGUGACACACUGCCGUGCAAAGGAAAAAUCACGUAUGUCGUCUUCUGAAAAACUAAAAUGUCCAGGACAGUCGAAAA